AAACGAAGGAACACAAGCUGUACCGUAGAGAAGUGGAUCAGCAGCUGAGACACGUGUUUGUACUGCAGCAGGAACGUUGAACCUGAUGCUUCGUAAACAGAACCGGAGUUGGUUAAAUUCAAAACAGUUACAAAAGUUAAACGCUACUUAUCGACCCCGUCUUUCUCUGUACCGUUAGCUGUCAGUCUUCACAUACUAUGAAGUACAUCCUGGUUACUGGUGGUGUCAUAUCUGGUAUUGGUAAGGGCAUCAUUGCCAGCAGCGUGGGAACAAUCCUCAAGUCCUGCGGACUUCAUGUUACAGCCAUCAAAAUCGACCCAUAUAUCAAUAUAGAUGCGGGCACCUUUUCACCUUAUGAACAUGGUGAAGUUUUUGUUCUAGAUGAUGGUGGGGAAGUGGAUCUAGACUUGGGGAACUAUGAGCGUUUCCUGGACAUCCGUCUUACCAGAGACAACAACCUCACCACUGGAAAGAUCUACCAGUCUGUCAUCAACAAGGAGAGGAGGGGAGAUUACCUGGGCAAGACUGUACAGGUGGUACCCCACAUCACAGAUGCCAUCCAGGAGUGGGUGAUGAAGCAGGCCAUGAUCCCAGUAGAUUGUGAUGGUGUGGAGCCUCAAGUUUGUGUCAUAGAGCAGCUGGGAGGCACGGUUGGGGACAUUGAGAGCAUGCCCUUCAUCGAGGCCUUCAGACAGUUCCAGUUCAAGGUGAAGAGGGAGAACUUCUGCAACAUUCAUGUCAGCCUGAUACCACAGCCCAAUACCACAGGAGAGCAGAAAACCAAACCGACCCAGAACAGUGUGAGGGAGCUCAGAGGACUGGGCUUGUCUCCAGAUUUGAUUAUGUGCCGCUGUUCAUCGCCCCUAGAAACGGCUGUCAAGGAGAAGAUCUCCAUGUUUUGUCAUGUGGAGCCCACACAGGUGAUCUGUGUCCAAGACGUCUCCUCGGUCUACAGAGUGCCUCUGCUGCUGGAGGACCAGGGGGUUGUGAGCUACCUGUGUCAGCGGCUGAACCUGCCUAUCGAGAGGAGGCCCAGGAAGAUGCUCACAAAGUGGAAGGAGAUGGCUGACAGAUCUGACCGUCUCUUGGAGCAUGUUUCCAUAGCCCUAGUGGGGAAAUACACAAAGUUAGCAGACUCCUACACCUCCGUUAUCAAGGCCCUAGAGCACUCAGCCCUGGCCAUUAAUCACAAACUAGAGGUCAAGUACAUAGACUCUGCAGACCUGGAGACUACCACUCUGCAAGAUGAGCCAGUAAAAUAUCAUGAAGCCUGGCAAAAGCUCUGCAGUUCUGAUGGUGUGUUGGUACCAGGAGGUUUUGGUGUGAGAGGGACGGAAGGCAAAAUGCUUGCUAUUAACUGGGCAAGGAAACAGAAUAAGCCAUUGCUGGGGGUAUGUUUGGGCAUGCAGCUGGCAGUAUGCGAGUUCGCCCGCAAUGUUCUCGGAUGGGAAGACGCCAAUUCCACAGAAUUUAAUCCAGAAUCCAAAUACCCCGUGGUGAUCGACAUGCCAGAGCACAACCCAGGACAGAUGGGUGGGACUAUGAGGUUGGGGAAGAGGCGGACCAUUUUCAAAUCCAGCACCAGUGUAUUGAGAAAACUGUACGGAGAUGUAGAAUAUGUUGAGGAGAGGCACAGACACAGAUUUGAGGUGAACCCUGAGCUGAAGCACCACUUUGAAAAAAAGGGUCUUCAGUUUGUCGGCCAGGACGUGGAAGGAGAGAGAAUGGAGGUCAUUGAAUUAGAGGAUCACUGUUACUUUGUUGGAGUUCAGUACCAUCCAGAGUUCACCUCAAGGCCCAUAAAACCUUCUCCUCCAUACUUUGGUCUGCUGCUGGCUGCUGCUGGAAAACUCCAGAGCUACCUGACCAAGGGCUGUCGCCUUUCUCCUCGGGACACUUACAGCGGCAGCAGCGGCAGCAGCUCUCCGGAAGUAGACAUCUCUGAGCUGAAGUUCCCCUCUUAGUCCUAAAUCUAAAGCACAUGUCGUCGUGUGUGUUUGUGUCACGCAUGCAGAUAAAUGCUUAGAAAAGAGCUGAUCUGCCCUUAACUGACAGAGCAAAACCACUUUGACUAAACUGUUUUUAAUACUCCGAUAGGUACAAAAUGUAUUAUAUCUUUACUUUUUUUCUAAAGGUAAAGGGAUGUCUUUGCGUCAGCUCUGUGGGGCUUUAAAGUUGCUGCAGUAAGCGAAAGCUGGAAUAAAGUGUUUAUGGGGGAAUUGUAAGAAAAGAUGUGGACAUUGUGGAAUACCUUUGUUGAAUGGAGAAAAGAUAUGAAUAGGGUGAGACAUGAAUUGGAAGACAUCAGCUUAUCAGUAUACCGUAUGUGCAUUGUCUUGAAACGAAAGAUUAUGAUGCUUGGGUAAAACUGAGACUUGACUAUAGACAUUUGGGACUAUCUCAGAAUAAGCAGAUCAGUUUGACAGAAGCAUCGCAACAGUGACAAAAGGUUAGGUUAGGAAUCGGCGUCUGUGAAAUCCGGUUUCUUGUCAGAGCAAACAUCCUGCAUAUCAAUCCAAACCAAUGUAUGAAAACACUAAUAAGAAACAUGACUUCGUACAGUUGUUUGCGACUUGUACCACCAAAGUCUUGUAUAUCAUGACAAUUAGACAUAUCAUUGAUACAUUUACCUCUUUUAAUGUUUGUUAUUUUAUGUUACAAUUUUAUGUGUUUAAUAUAUUUAUCCUUUCAAGUUUAAUGAGCUUAGACAUAAGCGUUAUGACACAAGUGUAUAAACUACAUGCCAUUCUGGUUACAAAUAAUUUUACACUGGAGUGUACAUGCAAGUCUGUACGAGUGUGAGAUUUAACUGGACCACAAAGUUGUGCUUUUGUGAGUGGGGUAAGAAUUUUUCUGUCUUAGUGAAUUGUUUAGGCAGCCCAAAUCACCAGGAGUAUGGGUUUUAAUUUAUGCAUGAACAUUAUAAUAGGCAAAUUUGUGCACUUUGGGUGUUUUUAGACCUUAAACCUGAACUCACUAGUUCAGGUUGCAUGACUUUUAUGUUUGAGACAUUUUGCCUGCUGACAUCAACAAUAAUGGUUUUGACAUCUGACUCAGAAUUUCCUAAAAUGAAUGCAUAGUCAUCUGAUAAUUGGGCCAACUUAAAGUUACCCUUAGUCAACAAUAUUAACUGACAAAGAAAGCUUGGCAUAUGAGAUCUGAUACAAAAAAAAACUAGAUUUGAGCUCAAAACAUCAGUAGCAGCCAAGUGUAGAUGAUAUGCAUCAAGCUUGCAAGUUACAUUUUCGCUUGUUGGCUUGGCAAGUAAUAACUAGACCUGGGUAUUUCAGACAUUGCUGCUAAUGCCUUCAUUUAUCUGUUGACCCAACUGUAUGAAAAAGUCAUAUUGUGUAUAUUUAUGAUGUCCAAAUGCAUGGGAUGGGAUGUGUGAGUUCAUUCUGAAUAAAUAGAUUUUUAUUCCUCUUGUCUUUA